CGGCCAACGCAACGGUUGCGACUAUAUUCCUACCAGCCGCGAUUGUAGCAACUAAAACAAAAAACCCACUAGCCGAGCAAGAGAGUGAAUGAAUUUCAAAGAAAAAUUUCCAAAAGGGGAAAAAUUUGCAAAAAAUCAAAAAGAAAGAGAGUGCAUAAAUUGGGCAAAAUGUGCAAUAAUUAUGGGAGCACGCCAAGGUUCCUUAUAUAAGCGAGAGCCCAUUGUCAAGGGCGCCAAGUGUUGGCCACAUUGAGCCGUGGCCGUGGCCGUAACCGUGUCCGUGUAUCGUUUUCGUAUCGUAUCCGUUGCGCCUCGUGAGCGUCCUUGUCCUUGUGCAGGCCGAACAGCUGCUUGGGUCCUGUCCUCCGUCCUGCGUCCUGCAUCCCCUUACUACCCCCAAACCGACCUUGUUCUUGAACCGUAGUCCUCCAAAAGUAUCUGCUGCUGAUGCCACUGCUGCUACUCCGCCCUGGAAAACGACCUUCCCGGGCGCCCAGCUGUUGCUACCGACCGCCCACUCGAAUUCGACCCUCAGCUGUUGGCCAUACGAUAUAAGAAAAGCGGUGAAAAGUUGCCAGAAAAUCGGAGAUAUCGCUAAAACAGCUGUGCAAUUCCAACGAAACCUUUUUUUAUUCGUCACCUCGUCGCGAUGUGCUUCAAUAAGUUGUUCCUAAUAAACAAAUUCGCCCAGCGUUUGCCAGGCACAAAGGUCAAAAGUCAGCAGAGACAAGUGUAAGAGCCCAAAACCACAAAAAAAAACAAGUUAAUCAAAUUAAAAUCAAAGUGAAAAUAACCAAUAAAUGAGCUUAAAGCUGUUAAUAAAAUAUAAUUAAUAUGAAAAGUGGCCCUUGAAUAUCUAUCAAAGCUCACACAACGCUCCCCCUGCAAAAUAAAUACUUCAAAUAAAGCAAAAAACCCAAUUCAACUAUAUUUUUCUAGAGGUGUUUAAUAAACAAAUAAACCAACUGCUCCGCGGAAGUAUAAAAACGCAAGUCUAAACAAAAACAAAGUGAACGAAAAUUACUGCUCAGGUUUAAAAGUUUAUAACAAAAAAAGCAACUUAAGCGUUGUGUUUCAUGUGCAAAAUCUUAAGAAAUAUCUAUACAAAUAUACUCAUAUAUUUUUGGAAUAAAAUUACUAAAACCAGUCGAUAUAAUAAAUCUUGUGAAGCGUGUAACUUGUAUAAAUUAUAAAAUAGUAUAAGCAGUGAGUAUAUAACUAAACCAUCAAUUUGUAAACAAACAAAUAAAAGAUUAAACCUUAUACACACCUAAAUACGAUCAUCAAAUAUAUAAAUAUAUUCUUAUACAUAUUAUUCAACGAUUUUAAUCAAUCAAUACAUCAAUCAAUUCAACAAUCAAUCGAGCGAUAUACUUCAUUUUGCAAAAAACUACUUCAAAGAAAUACCUACAAACAUACUCAGACGCUGCUGUGGAUCGGGCGGAGCAUAGAUCAGCAAACAAUAAACCAUCAAGUAUUAUUAGCAACUAAAAACGAACUCGGAAUCAGCCUCAGAACUCGAACUCUCAGCACGAGAUCAUCCAACUUAACUCAACUUAACGCAACUCAGUCGAACUCAUCUCAUCGUCAACGGAAGUAGCCUCAACCAGAAUACACCAGAUACAAGUAUAUAUUUAGACAUAUGGUAAGGAUCAAGCAACUGUGGGCAGGUAUAGGAACAACGCUAAGCUAAACGUAAGGACUAAGGACAACAACAAAUUCUCUAGGAUACAAUAGAAAUACAAGGAAAAAAACAAAAACAGAAGAAAAGGACAACUUUUUCAUUGCAACUUUGAAGGCUGACAAAACUAAUUUUUUGAUAAUCCAAAAGCAGAACAAAUUACAAAAUACCACAAACAGCAACAACAAAAAGCGUAUAGAAGAAGAGACUGAUUUUAAAAACAAAAAAAGAGCAAGCAGCGGAAAGGAUAAAAAGGCAGCAGAAGUGAGGCAAAAGUGAUUCAGGAUCAAAUCCAAACAAAUAAUAAAAAAAAAACAAGCAACAAAAGGCAACUUUCCAUACAACACAUAUUUAUAAUAUAUCUAAGACAGAUUGAUAUUUUUGAGCGAUUAACCCUAUUUUGAUAUAUCAUGUUGAAGAAACUCAAGUGCAUGGAGGCGGCUCAGGCAGCAGCGGCCGCAGCCUCAUCCGUAGGAUCGCCAUCCGCAUCGAAACUGAUCAAGACCGAACCCAUUGACUUCGAGAUGCUGCAUCUGGAGGAGAGCGAAAGGCAGCGCGACUUGGAGCGGGAACCCACAAGCAGCAACAGCCUGACCCCCCAGCGGUACACGCACGUUCAGGUGCAGACCGUACCGCCCCGCCAGCCCACGGGUCUGACCACGCCCGGCGGCACCCAGAAGGUCAUCCUCACCCCGCGCGUGGAGUAUGUGCAGCAGAGGGCCACCAGUUCCUCGGGCGGCGGGGUCAAGCACAUCUACAGCCAGCAACAGGUGGGUGGUGCAGCGCGAUCCGCACCACCCGAGGCCACCGCCCUGCUGACCACCACCUCGGGCACCCCCCAGAUCAUCAUCACCCGAACCCUGCCCUCCAACCAGCACCUGUCGCGUCGCCAUUCCGCCAGUCCCUCGGCCCUGCACCACUACCAGCAGCAGCAACAGCAGCAGCAAUCACAGCGACAACAGCAAUCGCCGCCACCGCUGCACCACCAACAGCAGCAGCAGCAGCAGCAACAUGUCCGCGUGAUCCGCGAUGGCCGGCUGUAUGAUGAAACCACUGUGGUGGUGGCUCGUCGGCAUUCGGUUUCGCCACCACCACUGCACCACCACUCCAGAUCGGCACCCGUAUCCCCAGUGAUUGCCAGGCGAGCAGGAGGUGGAUCUGCUGCCUACAUGGAGCAGCAAUAUCAGCAAAGGCAGACGCCACCUUUGGCACCACCGCCGCCGCCUCCACCACCGCCACCACCACCGCCACCCCAACAGCAGCAGCAGCAGCAGCAGCAAUAUGUCUCCAGUGGUGUUGCACCACCCACUGCAGCGGCUAGGAAGCUAGUGGUUAGCACCAGCACGCGACACGUAAACGUGAUUGCCUCGAAUCAUUUCCAGCAGCAAAAUCAGGUGCAGCAGCAGCAUCAGCAACAUCAGCAGCACCAGCAACAUGUGAUUGCUAGCGUUAGUUCUAGUAGCGGCUCCUCGGGAACAGCCGGCUCUUCUUCUGCGCACAUCUUUCGCACGCCCGUGGUAUCCAGCAGCAGCAGCAGCAGCAACAACAACAUGGCGCACAGCAGCAACAUGCACCACCAGCAGCAACAGCAGCAGCAGCAAUCGAACCUGGGCAACUCGGUGAUGCGGCCACCACCGCCGCCGCCUCCGCCCAAGGUCAAACACGCCUCCAGCUCCAGCAGCAGCGGCUCGAGCAGCAGCAACACCAACAGCAGCAGCAGCAGCAACGGCGAGGAGCCGUCUAGCUCCAUUCCUGAUCUAGAAUUCGAUGGCACAACGGUGCUGUGCCGCGUUUGCGGGGACAAGGCCUCUGGUUUCCACUACGGCGUGCAUUCCUGCGAGGGUUGCAAGGGCUUCUUCCGUCGCUCCAUCCAGCAAAAGAUCCAGUAUCGCCCCUGCACCAAAAAUCAGCAGUGCAGCAUUCUGCGCAUCAAUCGCAAUCGUUGUCAAUAUUGCCGCCUGAAAAAGUGCAUAGCCGUGGGCAUGAGUCGUGAUGCUGUGCGUUUUGGACGCGUGCCGAAGCGCGAAAAGGCGCGUAUCCUGGCGGCCAUGCAACAAAGUACCCAGAAUCGCGGCCAGCAGAGGGCCCUCGCCACCGAGCUGGAUGACCAGCCACGCCUCCUCGCCGCCGUGCUGCGCGCCCACCUCGAGACCUGCGAGUUCACCAAGGAGAAAGUCUCGGCGAUGCGGCAGCGGGCGCGGGACUGCCCGUCCUACUCCAUGCCCACACUUUUGGCCUGUCCGCUGAACCCCGCCCCUGAGCUGCAAUCGGAGCAGGAGUUCUCGCAGCGUUUCGCCCACGUGAUCCGCGGCGUAAUCGACUUCGCCGGCAUGAUUCCCGGCUUCCAGCUGCUCACCCAGGACGAUAAGUUCACGCUCCUGAAGGCCGGGCUCUUUGAUGCCCUAUUUGUGCGCCUGAUCUGCAUGUUCGACUCCUCGAUUAACUCCAUCAUCUGCCUGAAUGGCCAGGUGAUGCGACGGGAUGCCAUCCAGAAUGGGGCCAAUGCCCGCUUUCUGGUGGACUCCACCUUCAAUUUUGCAGAGCGCAUGAACUCGAUGAACCUCACAGAUGCCGAGAUUGGCCUGUUCUGCGCCAUUGUGCUGAUCACACCUGACCGCCCUGGACUGCGAAAUUUGGAGCUGAUUGAGAAGAUGUACUCGCGCUUGAAGGGAUGCCUGCAGUAUAUCGUUGCCCAGAACAGGCCCGAUCAGCCGGAGUUCCUGGCCAAGUUGCUGGAGACGAUGCCCGACCUGCGCACCUUGAGCACCCUGCACACCGAGAAGCUGGUGGUCUUCCGCACCGAGCACAAGGAGCUACUGCGCCAGCAGAUGUGGUCCAUGGAGGACGGCAGCAACAGCGAUGGCCAGCAGAACAACAAGUCGCCCACGGGCAGCUGGGCGGAUGCCAUGGACGUGGAGGCGGCCAAGAGUCCGCUGGGCUCCGUCUCUAGCAGUGAGUCCGCCGAUCUGGACUACGGCAGUCCGAGCAGUUCGCAGCCACAGGGCGUGUCCCUGCCCUCGCCGCCGCAACAGCAGCCGUCGGCGCUGGCCAGUUCGGCUCCCCUUCUAGCCGCCACCCUUUCCGGGGGCUGUCCGCUGAGGAAUCGGGCCAACUCCGGAUCUAGCGGUGACUCCGGAGCAGCCGACAUGGACAUCGUUGGCUCCCAUGCUCAUCUCACCCAGAACGGGCUGACCAUCACGCCCAUUGUGAGACACCAUCAACAGCAGCAGCAGCAACAGCAGCAGCAUCAGCAGCAGCAGCAACAACAGUUGUGCCACCAGCAGCAGCAGCACCCACAAUUGCACCACCAUCUGACCGCCGGAGCAGCCCGCUACAGGAAGCUAGACUCGCCCACGGAUUCGGGCAUUGAGUCGGGCAACGAGAAGAACGAGUGCAAGGCCGUCAGCUCGGGUGGCUCCAGCUCCUGCUCCAGUCCGCGCUCCAGUGUGGACGAUGCCCUGGACUGCAGCGAUGCCACCGCCGCCGGCAAUCAGGGCCAGCAUCAGGUGCCGCACCCGCAGCUGAGUGUGGUGGCCGUCUCGCCAGUCCGCUCGCCCCAGCCCUCGAGCAGUGGCCAUCUGAAGCGACAGAUUGUGGAGGACAUGCCCGUGCUGAAGAGGGUGCUCCAGGCGCCGCCGCUGUACGACACCAACUCGCUGAUGGACGAGGCCUACAAGCCGCACAAGAAGUUCCGGGCCCUGAGGCAUCGGGAGUUCGAGACCGCCGAGGCCGAUGCCAGCAGUUCCACAUCCGGUUCGAAUAGUCUGAGUGCCGGCAGUCCGCGGCAGAGCCCCAUACCCAUACCGAACAGCGUGGCCACGCCCCCGCCCUCGGCGGUCAGCGCCGCCCUCGGGAAUCCCGCCCAGAGCCAGCUGCACAUGCAUCUGACCCGCGCCAGUCCCAAGGCCUCGAUGGCCAGCUCGCACUCGGUGCUGGCCAAAUCGCUGAUGGCCGAGCCGCGUAUGACGCCCGAGCAAAUGAAGCGCAGCGACAUCAUCCAGAACUACUUGAAGCGGGAGAACAGCUCGGCGGCCAGCAGCACCACCAACGGCGUGGGCAACCGCAGUCCCAGCAGCAGCUCCACGCCGCCGCCGUCGUCGUCAUCCUCGUCGUCGGUGUCGGUUGGCCAGGGUCAGCAGCGGUGGGGCAGCAGCUCGGUGAUCACCACCACCUGCCAGCAGCGCCAGCAGUCCGUCUCGCCGCACAGCAACGGCUCCAGCUCCAGCUCGAGCUCCAGCUCCAGCUCCAGUUCGUCCUCCUCCUCCACCUCCACAUCCUCCAACUGCAGCUCCAGCUCGGCCGGCAGCUGCCAGUACUUCCAGUCGCCGCAUUCGACGAGCAAUGGCACCGGCACCCCCGCCGGCACCUGUGCUCCGGCCAGCUCCAGCACCUCGGGAUCGGGCUCAAGUAGUGGCACCCCGCUGCUGGAGCUGCAGGUGGACAUCGCCGACUCGGCGCAGCCGCUCAAUCUGUCCAAGAAAUCGCCCACGCCGCCGCCCAGCAAGCUGCAUGCCCUGGUGGCCGCCGCCAAUGCCGUUCAGCGGUAUCCCACUUUGUCCGCCGAUGUCACGGUGACCGCCUCGAGUGGCGGUCCUCCGUCGGCGGCGGCCAGUCCGGCACCGAGCAGCAGUCCGCCGGUGGGAUCACCCAAUCCGGGACUGACCAGCGCCGUUCACACGGUCAAGAUGGAGGCGUAAGGGAGGCGGUUGCGCCUGGAGAAGUGGGAGAGACAGAGACUGGGAGUGGCAGUGGCAGUGAAGCAGGAUCACCAGGGGUCACCAGGGAUCUCCAGGGGUCACCAGGCAUCCUUAGCAGGAGUUGAAU